AUGCGUGUGAACUCCGCCAUCUUCUUCCCGGCGGCCGGCCCCAACUCCCGCCCCGCCUUCUUCCCGGCGGCCGGCCCCAACUCCCGCCCCGCCUUCUUCCCGGCGACCGGCCCCAAUUCCCGCUCCAGCAUCUUCGGCGGCAGCAUCGCAUCCGCGCCCCACCUUUUUCCCCGGCGGAAGCCCUCAUCCCAACCCCCGCCUCCUUCCACGGCCGUAGCAUCCCGCCAUGGCGCCAUCAGAGCGAGACCUGAGCAUCCUGCUCCUGUUCUCGAACCCGCAAACAAAACAACGAGGCGCCCACCCGUACCGCCCCCAUCUUCCACCAACCCCACGCCCGAAUCCCACCUACCGCCGGCGCUGGGAGCUCCCAACCACGCAAGCGCCGCCACCCGCGAACCUACCAGCCCGGCGGAGCCCCUCCUCCCAUCUUGCGCACCGCCCAUCUCCUCCCCUGAAGCUCGGGCGCCGCCAAAUCCCCUCCCCUGCAGCUUUCGAGCCGCCGAUCUUGUCCCCUACAGCUCGCACAAAGUCGCCCCCUGCUCCUCCACUUCGUCUCUACCGGCGGCGCCUACACCGCAGCCGCAACCCGCGCCGUCGAGGCGAGAGGAUGCCAUGGCCGAUUCGCGUCCUUGCCCUAAACUCUACCGCCGCGGGAGUUCCCAAUCCCCGGCACGGGAGUCGAUCGGGCCCGUGCUAGUCCUACUUGUCCCAGCUUCUACUCCUCAUUGCUUGCCACAGGACCCCGACGGCCUUGCCCUCCCGAACUCUGCCCGUCUCGGCGGUUGA